GCGCAUCCGUCCGGAAGCACUUUUGUUUAGUGAACAUGGCGUUGGCAAGUGUGUUGGGUCGUGAGUCGGCGUUUUUCAACAACAAUAAACAGUCUUUAUUGGGGGUUAAUUUGGACUUGCACGUCAGUGAGCCACAGGACUUCUUCGUGAGAAAUGCUGCGAGCGCAGAUGUUUCCAGUGGCCCCGAAGAAAAGAUCGAGUUUCUGCAUGGCACGACUACAUUGGCGUUCAAGUUUCAGCAUGGUGUUAUAGUUGCAGUGGAUUCACGAGCAACUGCAGGGUCUUACAUUGCCUCACAGACUGUGAAGAAAGUGAUUGAAAUCAAUCCCUAUCUCUUGGGAACGAUGGCAGGAGGUGCCGCAGAUUGCAGUUUCUGGGAGCGACUACUUGCACGUCAAUGUAGAAUCUAUGAGCUCCGCAAUAAAGAGAGAAUCUCAGUAGCAGCAGCCUCCAAACUGCUAGCCAAUAUGGUGUACCAAUACAAGGGCAUGGGACUCUCGAUGGGCACUAUGGUGUGUGGCUGGGACAAGAGAGGACCAGGAUUGUACUAUGUCGACUCUGAAGGAAAUCGUGUCUGUGGUGACUCCUUCUCAGUGGGGUCAGGCUCUGUUUAUGCAUACGGUGUGUUGGACCGUGGCCGUCGGGAGGAUUUGUCUGUAGAAGAAGCCUGUGAACUGGGAAGACGAGCCAUUUACCAGGCCACAUACCGUGAUGCGUACUCUGGAGGAGUGGUCAACCUAUAUCACGUCAAAAGUGAUGGCUGGGUGUGCGUUUCUCAGAAUGAUGUGGCUGAUCUCCAUAGGAAAUACCUGGAUGAGGCAAAGUAAUUGAAAUUAGGUGUUGUACAGAUGUAUUUUAUUCUCAUUCCCUGAAGCUUGCUUUCUCAUCUUUUAUUGGCUGCAUUCACUUGUAAAAGUCAGAAGUCAAAAUAAAAUAUUUUGGACUUUGUGUUUA